UGGCCAGACUCCAGGGAUUUUUAGUUGAGCUGCAUGCAGGGCUGGCUUUCAACGGCGCAACCUCGUCACCGGAUCGCAUGUGCUUGGGUCCAAGCCGACUCUGUUCAUAAGUUAGCAGUGCCCCUUUGUUGCAUCCCGAUUUCGCAGACACCUUCUUUGCGACGGCAACCAUGACGACACCAGCAGAUACUGGCGCGGCGGACAAGGGCAAGAAUGUGGAACGCGGCACCCUUGGGAAAUACGUGAAGCGAAUGAGCACUGUGUUCAAGAGGGAGAAAUCGAACAAAAGUGUACCGACCCUGGCGCCCGAGCCAUCGUCAGCUCCUCAAGUCGAGCAGCAGCAGCAGCCCGUUGAGAAAGAACUUGCGCAACCUGACAAAGCCGACCCAGAAGUCGCACCUGCCACACCCAUCACUCCCGCAGUGUCAGUACCACCAACUCCCAUUACCAAGGAGAUGGAUCGCAACGCCAUGCAGCAGGAAAGAGCCCGCGCCCUGUUCGCCAAGUACGGCCUCACUCUUGAGUCGCACGAGUGGAUCGCUGCACCAGCUCCAAAGCCCACCAUCCAGCGUGUCGAGAAAUCGAUCCGUAUGCGUGUCCAUCGCAGCUGCCACCGCUGCGGAACCCUUUACGGCUCCGACAAAGUGUGCCUGCAAUGCGAGCACAAGCGGUGCAAGAAGUGUCCUCGUUUCCCCAAGAAGAAGACGCCGGAAGAGAAGCAAGCCGAGAAAGAUGGUAUGGAGCAACCAAAGCGAAAGAGAAUGCUCACCAUCCGGACUCGUGGCGGCGAUGAGUUGGUAUACCAACCCGCGAGACAACGCAUCAGACGUAACUGUCAUGUCUGUGAGAACCUAUUCGUUCCUGCAACGGCGAACGUCUGCAAUUCAUGCCAGCAUGUCCGAUGCACGAAAUGUCCGCGCGAGCCAGCCAAACUCAGCAAAUGGCCUGAUGGUUAUCCGGGCGAUGCGGAGCCUGACAGCGAAACGGAGGUGGAAAAGCAGCUGGAGAAAUUCAGACGAACCUGGCGAAAGCCGAGGACUAGGGUGCGCUGGCAGUGUGAGAAGUGCAAUGGCCUUUUUCAUAACAAUUCGCCGCAAUGUCCUGGAUGUGGGCAUGAGAGAUGCGACAAGUGUACCAGAUCACCUGUUAGGAAACCCGAGAAAGGUGAGCAUUUUGAUUCCCAGGUCGUUGCGGCCGUGGAGGCUAAGCUGCGAGCGAUGGACGUUGAUGACGAUUCGGCUCCAUCUGCAGCUGAGGCUACCUGAGGGUGCAGUCCUGACUGGAUGCCAACGCUCGAACAGGAUAAUAUACUCCGGUUCCCGAUUCUUUCGACAUCUUCUUACCAUAUCUUUGCACCAGUGUUAUGCUUUACUUGAUGGUGAUACUAUUGAAAAUCAACCGCCUGUAUUUGCACGCGUCGACUCACGGCCAUGACCUAUUCACUGUCGUGCUCGCUAUCAUCACUGUGCGACUGAGGUGCAUGUUCCACAAUAAGUCGGCAUCAACAUGUCGUACAACCCCUACCAUACCUCGCCUCUCUACUGCCCACCGGUCUGAUGUUGGCCUUUCUACAGUGUCGGUCUCCAGAAGCCGCACGUUUUGUUAAUUCUCUCAAGACUUCUUUCACUUCUCAGCAUGUUUGAAGACGAUGUCCAAGCCAAACGACUUAGCGUCAUAACC